UAGACUUUAAGACUUGGCUGCAACCGUCGGUUUAAUCCGCCACUUUGAGGGGUCACUGUUCCUUUCUCCUCACCCCCCGAUUCUUUUCUUGGACAGCAAGCUUUCGGCUUCUGUUGAGUCAUUCGUUUUUCGUUUUCUUCUGUUUCUUCCUCCAGACUCAUCCUGGAUUUCUGCAAGCAUGGCGGUCACUCAGGAUCCUCCUCGUGAGGAUGAUCGUAUCGCGCAUCAGCAGCAGCAGCAUGCCGACCAGGACAAGGACGUCCUGGUAGAUGCGGAGAAGAUGUCACCAUCCGUCGUGGGCUCUUCAUCCAGAGAUGGUUCGGAGAAGCCUGACCCUGUCGGGUCGCCCUCACAGACAUCAACAGAACAACCAUCUCCUGAAGAGACUGGAGAUGAUGUUUCUGAAGAGAAAGCUGGCGCUGGUGCGCCGUUGGAUAGAGUGCCGUCGCAGGCGCAGAGGCUAGGGAAGAAGAAGAUUGUCGUUGUCAUGACUGCGCUUUGCCUUGUCUUGUUCCUAGCAGCUUUGGAUAUGACUAUUGUCUCUACAGCCCUACCUACUAUCGCAACGCAUUUUCACGCUUCCGAAAGCGGUUACUCAUGGAUCGCGUCAUCAUACAUGUUGGCCAACGCCGCCUGUGUUCCCUUAUGGGGAAAAAUCAGUGAUGUCUGGGGUCGCAAGCGCAUCAUUCUUAUCGCCAACUUCCUUUUCCUCAUCGGCAGUCUGAUUUGCGCGCUGGCCAUCAACCUCCCCAUGAUCAUCUCGGGAAGAGCCAUCCAAGGUGCAGGCGGCGGUGGUAUCAUCGUGCUAGCCAAUAUCUGCGUCUCUGAUCUCUUCAGUGUCAGAGAACGCCCCAUGUACUACGGUCUCUUCGGCUCUACAUGGGCCAUCGCCGGAGCACUAGGCCCUAUCGUCGGCGGUGCCUUCACUACAGAUGUAACUUGGCGCUGGUGCUUCUACCUCAACCUCCCCAUCGGCGGCGUCUCCUUCGUCAUCCUUGUCUUCUUCCUCAAGAUCGAAACCGGCAAAGUGCCCUUCUGGGCUGGAAUCCGCUCCAUCGACUGGACAGGCAAUAUGCUCAUGCUCGGCGGCACACUAAUGUUCCUAUUCGGCCUUGAAUUCGGCGGCGUCAACUACCCUUGGGACUCACCAACAGUAAUCUGCCUCAUCGUCUUCGGCGUCUUCACCUGGGGCCUCGCCGUUCUCAACGAAUGGAAAUUCGCUCGCUACCCCGUUAUACCCAUCCGCCUAUUCAACAACACCCACAACGUCCUGAUGAUCCUCCUCUGUUUCUGCCACAGCAUGGUCUUCAUCUCCGGCUCCUACUACCUACCUCUAUACUUCCAAACCGUCCUCCUCGCCAGCCCCAUCAUGUCCGGCGUCUACGUCCUCCCCACCGUUCUCAGCCUUUCCAUCUUCUCCGCCGCCACCGGCUUCGUCAUUAAGAAGACCGGCCGAUACCGCGAACUCAUCAUCUCCGGCUUCGCCCUCAUGACCCUCGGCUACGGUCUCCUCAUCGACCUGAAGUACUACGCCUCCUGGCCCCGCAUCAUCAUCUACCAGAUCAUCGGCGGUAUCGGUACCGGCCCGCUCUUCCAGUCCCCGCUUGUCGCUCUACAAGCCAACAUCCACCCCUCCGAUAUGGCCGCCGGAACAGCUACCUUCGGUUUCCUGCGCCAGGUGGCUGCCGCCAUCUCCAUCGUCUUGGGAACAGUCAUCUACCAAAACGUUUUCCACGAGCAAAUGCCCAAAGUCGCUGCUGCGAUCGGCGAGGCGAAGGCCACGUCCAUCGAGAACUCGUUCUCAGGAUCUGCUAGCACACUGAUCAAGUCCCUGGGCAGUGCUCAGAAGACUGUCGUGCUGAAGGCGUAUACGUUGGCCCUGAGUCGCAUGUGGAUCUUCUAUACUGCGAUGGCCGGAUUAGGACUUAUCAUAAGUCUGUUUAUAAGGCCUGUCGUGCUGAGUAAAUCGCAUACCAUUGCAAAGACCGGUCUCGCGGAGCAGGAAAAGGCCAGACAGGCAGUUUUGGAGGAUCAGAAAAGGGAGAGGGGGGAGGAAGAAAAAGAGGCGAAGGAGGCAGUUUAAUGCAUCCUUGCCCUCGGACUUUUCUUCAUUUCAGUUUACACAUAUAUGCAAAAACCUGGUUUCAUCCCUGUGGGAAACGAAACUCAAAGAUCGAUUAAUGUUACAGGCCUUACAAGGCUAGAAAUGAAAAGCGAGGGAGGGACAAAGGAUAUUGGUCGAAGGAAGAAGGUAUAAUGGAUGGAAUUCAACUACUAACUAACUAACGAAUCUGGACUAGAAACCUUUCAUCUGCAUUCAACAUUCAACAUUCAACAUACAUACUUGCAUACCAUUUACAUUUACACAAAAGAUGAUUAUCAUGAUGAUGUAUCUAUCUAAACAUUUUAAAAUCUAAUCCUAACGUCUU